AUGAUUGCAACACAGUCACUACCACUUCUCGACCAGCCCAGUCUGACAAAAGUCGGCACGUUGGCUAACACACUCGUCACCCCCGAAGACCUUGGUCGCAUCCAGGCCCAACAGUCAUCGCUGGCCAAGCGCGUCAUGAGCAGCAAACUGCCAGGCUCAUCCUCGCCCCCUCUCUCCAGCCAGGUCCAUGGGGACAAACCCCUCCCGCCCCUUCACAAUGGACACGAUGCUCUGUUGCCGCCUCCUGCGGUGCCAGCGGCCCUCGCCCACGCUGUCAGGUCGCUAGACACGUUUGACCAGCACAGGGCUCUGCUCAGCGACAAAGUCCCCCCUCCAGUGUAUGACUCCCCCUAUGCGCGCAGCAAUACUUCCACGGCACCAGGAUCGCCACGGAUUCCCCCAGUGCGACAAAAUUCGGGCACCCAAACUCCCCGAGUUCGGCCCCAUGCGACGACUCUGAACAUCCCCGGCAUGACGAGGUCGCGCGUGUCCCCAGACGGGAGGAUCGCCGAGCGAGACGUAGCUGCCAAGCUGGUCAUCAUCAUGGUGGGCUUGCCUGCGCGAGGCAAGUCCUACAUCACAAAGAAGAUCCAGAGGUAUCUCUCUUGGCAACAGCACGACACCCGCAUCUUCAAUGUUGGCAAUCGACGGCGCAUUGCCGCUGGCAUCACUUCCCCGUCUCGACCUCCGCCGUCGCGAAAGAUCACCGAUGAGGACCGGCCCCUACAGGCUGCAUCCAUCCUCCUGAAUGGCAUGCAAGCCCCGCCAGCACAGGACCCUCCUGUGCUCGACCUCAACAGCCAGGCUCAGAGCAACGAUGCCUCAAAUAGCGCAACCCAUCACAACGAGAAUGGCGAGCCAAUUGACCAGUCCGCCAAGUUCUUCGACCCCAAGAACGAGCAAGCGUCUAAGCUGCGCGAGCAAGUCGCGGUCGAGACACUGGACGAACUGCUCGAGUAUCUGCUUCACGGAGGCGGUGCGGUGGGCAUUCUCGAUGCCACCAACAGCACCAUCCACAGGCGGAAACUCCUGGUUGACCACAUCAAAGCGAGGGAGCCCAAGCUGGGCAUCCUCUUUAUCGAGAGCAUCUGUCAUGACCAAAACCUGCUCGAGGCCAACAUGCGUCUCAAACUGUCUGGCCCGGACUACAAGGACAAGGACCCCCAGAAGUCUCUGGAAGACUUCAAGAAGCGCGUGGAGGCUUACGAGAGUGCCUACGAGCCCCUCGGCGAGUACGAGGAGAAACGCGACUUGCAAUACGUUCAGAUCAUCGAUGUGGGCAGGAAAGUCGUCUUCCACCGCCUCAAGGGCUUCCUGAGUGGCGGCAUUGCCUCUUAUCUGACUACGUUCAACCUGUCCCCGCGGCAGAUAUGGAUUACCCGGCAUGGACAGAGUAUGGAUAAUGUCGCUGGCAAGCUCGGCGGGGAUUCACCACUGACCGAACGGGGACACUACUACGGCCAAGCUCUCUACAACUUCAUCACCUUCAAACGUAAGGAGUGGUUGAUUGGUCAGAAGAACAGGAUCGCACAAGCCUCCUUCCCCCCGCAGCCAGGAGACAACACCCCACCGUAUCCCGAGCUCAACCAGGAGCUCGACGAGAAGAACUUUUGCGUCUGGACGUCGAUGCUCAAGCGCAGCGCCGAAACUGCCGAGUAUUUCGAGGCUGACGACGACUAUGAUGUCAAGGCAUGGGAAAUGCUCAACGAGCUGAAUGCCGGUGCGUUUGAGGGUAUGACGUACGACGACAUCGCACGAAAGCACCCCGAGGAGUAUCACAAGCGCUCUAUGGACAAGCUGCACUACAUCUACCCGGGCGUCGGAGGCGAGGGCUACCUCCAGAUUAUCAACCGCCUUCGAGACAUGGUUCGGGAGAUCGAGCGCGUGACUGACCACGUCAUGGUCAUUGGCCACCGAUCCAUCUGCCGUGUCCUCAUGGCCUACUUUAUGGACCUCACUAGGGACGAUAUUGCAGAGCUUGACGUACCUCUCGGUAUCCUGUACGCGAUCGAGCCCAAGCCGUACGGUAUUGAGUUCCACGCGUACAAGUAUAACGAGGCGGAAGGCUGGUUUGACGAGCUGCCCAACUACAAGCCCCAGAAGACUGUCGACCGGAACAACUGA